UCAUCAGCAACACAUAACGUACGAAGACCGAGAGAGAGAGAGGGAGGGAGGGAGGGAGGGAAGAAGAACAAUGGCACCGCAGGCUCCUCCGGCGAUCAAGGUCCCCAAGGACGCGGAGCUGCUGCAAGCCCAAGCCGACCUGUGGCGGCACAGCCUCUACUACCUCACCUCCAUGGGCCUCCGCUGCGCCAUCAAGCUCGGCAUCCCGACCGCCAUCCACCGCCUCGGCGGCUUCGCCUCGCUCCCGGACCUCAUAACCGCGCUCUCCCUCCCCAAAAGCAAGACCCCCUUCCUCGGCCGCCUAAUGCGCGUCCUCGUCACUUCCGGCGUCUUCGCCUCCGCUGACAACAACAACGACGAGCUCUUCCGGCUCACCCCGCGGUCCAGCAUCUUGGUGGACGGCGUGGAGGCCGACGAGCACUACAGCCAGACGUCCUUCGUGCUCGCCGCCACCUCGCGGCACUACGCCGAGGCGGCCCUGGGCCUCGCUGACUGGUUCAAGAAAGAUAUUGUUGGACCCGUGCCGUCCCCGUUCGAGGACGUGCAUGGCGCCACGCUCUUCGACGAGAGCACGGCGGCGCUGGACGAGGAGCUCGACGAGCUGGUGAACGAGGGCCUGGCCGCCCACGACAACCUUGGCAUCGGCACAAUACUAAGGGAGUGCCAUGACCUUUUCAAGGGGCUGGAUUCGCUCACCGACUGCUGCGGCGGCGACGGCACCACGGCCCGGGCCAUCGCCAAGGCCCACCCGCACGUCAAAUGCACCGUGCUGGACCUACCCAAGGUGAUCGAGAAAGCUCCGGUUGACGGUGUUGUCAACUAUGUCGCCGGUGACCUUUUCCACUCUGUUCCACACUCCCAGGCCGUGAUGCUCAAGCUUGUGCUGCACCACUGGAGUGACGACGACUGCGUGAAGAUCCUGUCCCAGUGUAGGAGCGCCAUUCCUUCGCGUGAGGAGGGAGGAAAGGUGAUCAUCAUAGAGAUAGUGGUCGGGCCUUCGAUGGGCCCAAUAAUGUAUGAGGCCCAGCUUCUGAUGGACAUGCUCAUGCUGGUGAACACGAGGGGCCGUCAGCGGGCCGAGAAGGACUGGCGUGAGCUCUUCAUGAAAGCAGGGUUCAGUGACUGCAAGAUUGUCAAGAAAAUGGGGGCACGAGGUGUCUUCGAAGUCUACCCGUGAAGGACGUGCGCGCUGUUAAUUAAUUCAGUACCCUGGCCAGCUGUCCGCAGUGUGGUUUUCGCUAUGUGCAUAUGGUGUGCUUUAAUAAAUUAAAUAAAGACAGUGCUGCAAAUUUUCUCAAGGAAACUAUCAUGAAAUAAGUCUCUAUUGUCUUUGUACCUUUUCUUUUGAGAAUUAUGCAAUAGGUGUGUUCGAAAA